AUGUCAAAUCAAACUCCGUACAUCGGAAGCAAGAUUAGCCUUAUCUCCAAAUUGGAUAUCCGCUACGAGGGAAUCCUCUACACCGUCGAUACGAAUGACUCCACCAUCGCUCUCGCGAAAGGCUCGUUCACUUUUCAGUAGAGUCACUUGUCUAUUGCUUCAUUUCAGUUCGUUCUUUCGGAACCGAGAAGCGCCCAACCGCCAAUCCGGUCGCCGCCCGUGACGAUGUGUACGAGUACAUCAUCUUCAAGGCCAGCGACAUCAAGGAUCUGAUUGUGUGCGACACGCCAAAGGUAUGACAUCCCGGAAAAGAUUUAGUAUUUCAUCUUUCUGUUUCCAGAUGGCCACGAUUGGAGGAGGUCUCCCAUACGACCCGGCCAUCGUCUCCGUCUCCUCGCGAUCGGCUCCCGCCUCCAACAGCGAUGGUGCCCCAGCUGCUUCUGCUGGAUCCUCGAGAGCUGGUACUCCAUCCCGUUACAGCCCUCUGGCUCACAUUGUCAACCAGCGCGGCCCAGGAGCCGGACGUGGAGGCUAUCAGCACGGUAUGUAAAUAGUGAUUGCAUUCAAUUUGAAUGUUGUUUUCCAGAGUACCAGCAAAACCGUGGCUUCAACAACUUCAACAACCGUGGUGGAUUCCAGGCAACUGGCUACAACCACAACCAGCGAGGCCGCAACAACUACGGAGUUCCGCGCGUCAACCACCGCGAGAAGCUGAAGUUCGAGUCUGAUUUCGAUUUCGAGAAGGCCAAUGAGAAAUUCCAAGAGGCUCUCACCGACAACCUCGAGAAGCUGACCAUUGAGGAGAAGGAGCAGCCAGAGGCCGAGGAGAAGAAGGAAGCUUUCUACGACAAGAAGGCCUCGUUCUUCGACAACAUCAGCUGCGAGUCGUUGGAAAAGGCCGAAGGAAAGACCGGACGUCCGGAUUGGAAGAAAGAGCGCGAAACCAACCAGGAAACGUUCGGACACAACGCCGUCCGUUCGCUCAACUACCGUCGAGGAUAUGGAGGGCGUGGACGUGGUGGAAACCGCGGAUACGGAGGUAAAAGAGUUUUUCGACGCAUCCAUGGUCUAAAUUUUCGUUUUCAGGAUACAACGGCGGAUACCAAAACCGUGGAGGAUAUAACAAUGGCUACCGCGGCAACAAUGGUGGAUACCGUCGCGGAGGUUACAACCAACGCGAGCAACCGCAACAGAAUGUUGCUGCCGAGCAAUAA